AUGCAGACGACGCCUGGAAUGCCAGGGGGCCCGGCAACGCCUACUGCACGAACACGACCAGCGCCAGGGAACAGCGACUCGAACCACCCGCCACGCAAGCGUAGCAAGGCCCAAAGCUGUGAGCCAUGCCGACGCCGAAAGCUUAAAUGUGAUCGUGGCUGGCCUUGUGGUGCGUGUCGCGAUAGAAACGAGCAGCAUCUAUGCACGUGGGAAGACGGCGUGGUGCCGGAGCGAGCUGGCCGUGACGUGAAUGAAUCAGCUAUGAUGCUUCAACGUAUGGCUACGCUAGAGAACCAAUUUGAGCGAUUGCUAGAGCGUCUUGAUAAUAUCCAGGCUCUUGCAAACACGAACGAAGCUAAGCCUGUGCCAAAAGAAGAGGUCAGCAUGGCAUCCGCUCAGAAUCGUCGAAGCGAGGAUUUGGGCGAUGUGACGAUGGAGAGUCUAGGCCUCUUUGGUAUGUACUUCCUUCCAUCCGGCUUGAAAGAACGUCAGCGGGCGCUUUUGCAUAUGCACUCUUUUAUGUUGAGCCCCAAUAUGAUCGAGUUGCUCUUUGAAACGUUCCUGUCCGAAGUGCCCUGUCUGCAGCACUUCGUGGACCCAGCGUACCUGAAAGUCUGCUCGGAAUCCAUCAUGGAGCUGCGUAAGAAUAUGCACGCAGACCAGAACUAUGUUUAUUCGCUCGAUGUGCAGAAGAUAACCGACUAUAUUUACGCGGAAGCCCUGUCCUUUGCCAUCUUCGGCACGACGCUCAUUGUUACACGAGAUAUUCAUUUGGAGUCGCUUCCUAUGGAGUACGAGUCUAUUUCGGCUCAUUUGCGUUUCUUUAAGGAAGCGUUGAUCGGAAUGUCGUCGUUAUCGGCCUUUGAAGAGCCUGAUAUUCGGUUUGUUGUCAUCAUGACGAUGCUUGUCUGGGGCUUGAAUGCCACCCGUAAACUUCCUAUGGGUAUGACCAUUCAUUUCCAAACUGUGCAGAUUGCGCUGCUACUUGACUUAAAUAAGGAUCCACCUGCCGAUAUGCCUGAAGAUGAGGCUAAACGUCGCGUGCGCAUCUACGCAGAGUUGUAUGUACAGGACAGGUUCGCUACUACGCUGCUGAAGCGGUAUCCUUUGAUCAAAAAAGAUCCUGUACGUAUGCCAUCCUUGUUUGGCACAGAUGAAGAGCAAUCGCGCUACUUUACCGACUGUGAACGCCAUCGCUUGAAAGUCGCCGAUCUGUACUGUCGGUCCUCCGAACUUGUUUUGCCAUUGCACGAUACAUAUAAAUACGUGUGCGAUUUGCAUGAAGAGGCUGUUCACUUACAGUCCUUGAUACCCCUUUCAUGCGAGAACGUGCCACUUUGUGAUGCUCUUCAAGAGCAUAAGAAAGCAUACAUGAUCAUUUCGGAUGCUUCUCUCAGUUACCUGCUAAUACGGAUCCAUCUGCCUUAUUACAUGCGUGGCUGGGACGAUGAAGCGUACCAACUCUCACGUGAUACGUGUUUCAGCUCUGCGCGCAGCCUAUUACGACUUUUUCGUGAAGCGUUCAGUUGGAAGAUUCCCAAGCCCAAAGGCGAUGGCCCUGUGGAGUUGUAUGUGCCAGAGGAGGUGUCUGUCACGGCGCGUAUGUGGUUCUUCUGCCAUUGGGCCACGGCAGCUGCCCUACUUCUUUUGCAGCAUUUGACGAUCUUAAAUGAAAGGGAGGAUCACCCAAGGUGGGAUGCGUCGCGUGAAUCGAUUGUGCAGGAUCUGUGCACGAUGAGUCGCCUCCUGAACUAUUUAUCGCCUAUAUCGAGCAUUGCACGUGAGGGCCUGGAAUCCAUGCAGCGUGUCGCCGCGCACGCGAUGCGUCAGAACUUUGGUACCACCACCAUGUCGAUGGGCAACUGCGUCAUGUACUGGGCCAACCGUAAUUUGCAGCGUCGGCCUAAUACGAAUGCCAGCAGAAGCUCUGAACCUAUCAAUGUGCUGAACAAUAUGGUCCACAAAACAGGUAUAUCGCGUGAUGCCUACGAUGUAGCGGAGAAGGAGGGCGAGGCUGUGAGGAAGGUGUCGACGCCCGCUUUUGACCCGUCGGGCACCAACACAAGCCCUGGAAGCACCAGUACGGCGACGCCAAUGAAUAGUUCUGGCCCGGGUAUGACACCUUCGAUGUCGGAGACGGAUCUGGAUACAUUUUGGGCCAAGUUUUCGCUGCCGACGGACAAUCCAUGGAUGGACCUGCCCAAUUUCCCUGCCGAUGUCUCGAUGCUUGGCAACCUGCCUGAGCCUUCGAGCCUUUUGCUGCCACAGACGCAAUCGCUGGGCGCCAACAUGGACAUCUCGCAAGCAUUGCAGCCGCGUGAUCAACUGGUACCCGAGCUGACCAAUUUCAAUAUUGGCACCAUUGGCUCGUUUACCGACGACUUUUUGCGGUCCAUUGACAAUUACAAGGGCUUUGAUCAUGGUGGCACACCUACGCAAAUGGCCAUGCCCGUGCCACAGUUCCUUGCUCCGAUGAAUAUGUGA